GAAAUGUCAAACAAACAAAAUAGUGUACAGAAUUGAAUUGUGUGUAUGUAAUAUGUAUUAUGUAUCAAACACGGGUACGAAUAUACUUUAUGCUUAUUCGGUAAACUAAAGUCUUUCGUAUAUAACCAUAUUUAUAAAAGUAACCCAUGUAGUCACAGUUGUGCCGUGGUCGCACGAAGUUGUAGUCGGUCGAUAUUAAAGGAAGUGCAAUGAAUUCUGUUUGUUACAACGGGGGCAAUGAUAGACUUAUCCAUGAAGCAGAUCAACUUAUUUCUUACAUAGAGCGUGGAUCAACAGUCUUUAAAUUUUUUCCUCGGAAACGUCCCGAGCGUCGCACUUUAUUAGUGCGUCGCGAAACUCAUCAAGUUAUUUGGUGUAGAAAUGGAUCAACUCAAAGACAUGCUUACGAAGGAGCUUUAGAUAUUCGAGAAAUCAAAGAAGUGAGAGUAGGUAAAUUAUCUAAGGAUUUUGAAAGAUGGCCUGAGGAAGCCAAAAGGCUAGAAAGUUCCAAAUGCUUUACCAUUUAUUAUGGUACCGAGUUUAAAUUGCGGUCAGCAUCAUUUGCAGCCCAGACCGACAAAGAAGUUGAAGCUUGGAUCAAAGGCAUAAGGUUCCUUAUAGAGGAGGCGGUGAAUGCAUCUUAUCCAUUACAAAUUGAGAGGUGGUUGAGGAAAGAAUUUUAUGCAAUAGAAAACACUCAUGAAAAGAUUACGUUGAAAGAAGUAAAGGCAUUUUUGCCAAAAAUUAAUUGUAAAAUAUCGACAAGUAAACUUAGGGAUAUAUUUCAAGAAGUGGAUACCAAUAAGAAAGGGGAAAUUGGAUUUGAUGAUUUUUCUAUUCUCUACCACAAAUUAAUAUUUGAUGAGAAUAAUGUGCAUGAUAUUUUUGACAAGUAUUCAUUAUAUUGUGCUAAUGGCACAACAAUAACUCUCCACGAAUUCCAAAGAUUUCUGAUUAAGGAGCAGCACGAUAGGUUGGGUGAAGAUGAAGCAUCAACCUCUCAGUUUAUAAGAGAUUAUCUGCGUGAUCCUCAAAGGGAUAUAUAUGAACCGUAUUUCACACUUAACGAAUUCAUUGAAAUGCUGUUCUCCAAACAAAACACAAUAUGGGACAGUAGACAUGAUUAUGUAACUCAGGACAUGACAAGACCUUUAGCUCAUUAUUGGAUUUCGUCCUCACAUAAUACCUAUCUAACAGGUGAUCAGUUUUCGAGUGAAUCAUCUAUAGAAGCUUAUGUGCGUUGUCUAAGGUCGGGUUGUCGGUGCAUUGAGCUCGAUUGCUGGGACGGCCCAGAUGGAACACCAUUCAUUUAUCACGGCCAUACUUUAACAACUAAAAUUCGAUUCAUGGACGUAUUGCGCACAAUAAAAGAGCACGCGUUCGUUACUUCCGACUACCCGCUUAUACUGUCAAUAGAAGAUAACUGCUCCUUACCGCAACAGAGAAGAAUGGCUAACGCGUUUCAAGAUGUCUUUGGAGACAUGCUGAUCGUUCAGCCGUGUGAAAAAAAUGAGACGUGCCUGCCGUCGCCACACGAUUUGCGUAAGAAAAUCAUAUUGAAGCAUAAGAAGCUACCAGAAGGCGCUGAAGAAAAUUCGUUUGCGGUUCGCCAAGAGGAAGGGAAAGACCUGGAUCUAAGGAAUACAAUUAAAAAUGGGAUUCUGCUAUUGGAGGAUCCCGUUGAUAAAGAGUGGAAUCCACACGCGUUCGUGUUGACUGAGAAUAAGCUAUAUUAUACAGAACACUAUAGCACGCAAGGAGAGACGGAUAUAGAUAGUGACGGUGAACAAGAGGGGGAUACCACGAGUAUACCUCCUGAUGAAUUGCAUUUUGGAGAAUGCUGGUUCCACGGGAAGUUGGCUGGCAAUAGGCAAGAAGCAGAGGAUCUCCUGAGAUCUCACUCCCACUUGGGUGAUGGAACAUUCCUUGUAAGGGAAAGCGUUACCUUCGUAGGUGACUAUUGUCUAUCGUUUUGGCGUCAAGGAAAAGUCAACCACUGCCGUAUAAAAUUGAAGCAGGAGAGGGGUGUGACGAAAUAUUAUUUGAUUGAUACAGUGUGCUUUGACAGCUUAUAUAGCUUGAUCACGCAUUAUCGACAGCAUCCAUUGCGCAGCCAGGAGUUUUUAAUCACGUUAAAAGAGCCUGUACCACAGCCGAACAAACAUGAGGGCAAGGAGUGGUAUCACCCAUACUGUACUCGCGCUCAAGCGGAAGAAUUGUUGAGGAAGGCCAAUACGGAUGGGGCAUUUAUAGUGCGACCUAGCGAGAAGGAACAGGGAUCUUAUGCUAUUAGCUUCAGAUCUGAAAGGGAAAUAAAGCACUGUAGGAUAAAACAGGAAGGUAGAUUGUAUACUAUAGGCACAGUUAAGUUCGAAAGCCUUGUUGAGCUUAUAUCGUAUUACGAGAAACAUCCCCUAUAUAAGAAAGUCAGAUUGUGGUUCCCAAUCAGUGAAGACAUCGUGAGAAGAUUAAUUACGGAACCUGAUGAUAGCUCUGUUUACGGUACUCCAGGCUAUAUGGACCCGACAUCGUUCACAUCAAAGGUAACGGUGAAAGCUCUAUACGACUAUAGAGCGAGACAGGACGACGAAUUGUCGUUCUGCAAGCACGCAAUUAUCACGAACGUGGACAAACCGGACGAGGGCUGGUGGCGGGGGGACUACGGCGGGAAGAGACACCACUGGUUCCCCGCCAAUUAUGUGCAAGAGAUAGAGGUGCCGCACAUGCCCAGUAUUGCAUGUCUAGAAAACGAAUCAGCAGCAUUGGGCUCAUUGCAGAAAGGUGUGGUCGAUGUUUUGGGAGCGGUAGUGGAGUUAGUGGUGGGUGAGGAAAGUGGCUCGGCUCGUUGGAUCGUUCGCAUACAAAGCCCAUCCAUGUGCGCUCCCUUCGAUAUGGCUGCCCCAACCAGAGAGAAUGCUUUAGAAUGGCUCUCAGCCAUCAAAGAAGCGGCCCAUAGCGCUAGCGCAAGAUCCCUCCAGCACAGAAAAAUGGAGCGCACGUGGCGCAUCGCCAAAGAAAUGUCCGAUCUCAUUGUCUAUUGCCGUUCUGUCGCAUUCAACCAGGACAGAAUACGCACGAAGGGAUUCAUCUUCAAUGAGAUGUCUUCCUUCCCAGAGACGAAAGCCGAACGGCUCAUGUGCCAACAAGAAACAGCAUUCUUCAUGAAAUAUCACGCUGUCCAAAUGAGCCGCAUCUACCCCAAGGGACAAAGGAUCGACUCCUCGAAUUACAAUCCGAUAUCCUUCUGGAACGCCGGCUCGCAAAUGGUUGCGCUCAACUAUCAGACUCCAGACAAACCGAUGCAGAUCAAUAUGGGGAAGUUUAAAGAAAACGGUGGAUGCGGUUAUAUUUUAAAGCCCGAAUUCAUGUUCGACGAACAUUAUAACCCAUAUGAUAAGAAGAGUAUCGAGCACAAAUUGAAACCAAUAACAGUGCGACUGCGUGUGAUAGGAGCGAGGCAUCUGUGCAAGAUGGGUCGAGGCACAGCCAGUCCUUUCGUCGAAGUGGAGAUCAUUGGUGCAGAAUAUGAUAGCGGCGUUAAACUCGUCACGAAGACUGUUGCUGACAAUGGAAUAAAUCCAAUAUGGAACGACAUAUGCGAGUUCGAGGUUGAGAACCCAGAUUUAGCGUUGAUAAGGUUCUUGGUUCAGGACGAAGAUGUGUUUGGUGAUCCGAAUUUCAUUGGCCAAGCCGUAUAUCCGUUAAAGUGUCUCCGUACCGGCUAUCGCAGCGUUAUCCUUACAAAUGGCUAUUCAGAAGAGCUGGAGUUAUCAUCGCUUCUAAUUCAUAUAUCACUCUCCAACCCUUAGAGUAUUGUUAGAGCAUAAUUCGUUAGGCAAAUAAUAUUUUAUCUCCAGUUAUCUCGAUUAUUUUGAAUCUUAUCGUAUCGUUAUUAAGUAUGUAGUUGUUGCAGCUUGUUGUGGUUUGAUUAGUCCUUUAAGCGAUUGAUACUGUGCUCCUUAGACUGAUUUUAAAUGAUUAUGCAAUCGUAUUUAUGUAACAUUUCCGGCUGUUUCAUUAUUUGUUAUAUUAAGUCAAUGCAUAAUACUAUCUCAAACAUUUAAAUGUGUCUAUAUUAUUAUACUGUUAUUAGUAGAAAGAUCUAUUUGAGGGAUAAAUAAUUUUUAAAAUAUGGAGCUGGUUUAUUAAGUACGUAUUGUGAUGAAUAGGAAUAGGUAUAUAGUAUUUGUUUAUGGCUAUAAUAUUUUAAUAAAAUAAAUUGGUAUAUUUAUGUAUUCUCAAUAGAAUGUAAUUUGAUUAUUCGUAAUAAGUCUAUCGGAUGUCACGGUAUGUGAUUGGGGUAUUGAAAUAAUAUAUUUGUAGCCUAUUAUAAUCGUAAUGAGGUAUAUUCGUGAACAUACGUGUUUUGCCAUGUCUAUUCAGAUAUUGAGUUAUAUUAUUUCCAUAAAUAGCUAUUUGUGGAACGUAUUUAAUUUUUUCUCACAAUUUGCUAUUUUUAUUCUAUUCGAUUUAAUUAGGUAUAAUAUAUUAUUUAAAAAAUAAAAUUCCAAAAAUAUGACUGCAUUUAAAAACAUUUAACAAUAAUUUAAUCACAAUACAUCAUGUAGGAAACAGAAGGAUUCUUUGAACACUUCGUCAUAAUACUUGUUAUUAGAAAUAUUCAACUAUAAUUCUAUUUAUAUGCUUCCUACAUUUAAUACUGUAACAUUGAUUUAUUUAGCUUGUCCCUCUUGUCUUCGAAUUUGUGAGAUAAUUUUCAAAAUUGUUUGAGUAGUUUUUAGUUACAUCAAUCGCGAACAUAAUAAAUUAUAUGUUUUAUCUAUAGAAUAUUUACUGUAUAUAUAAAUUAUUUCUUAAUGCGUUCCUACUUGCAUGUCGAGGCUAAAACAUUAUAAAUUGCUAUCAACUAUUAUCUUCAUACAUAUAAUUUUGUUUUUUAACAUAUUUAUAACUAAGUCAUUUUCAUCGCAAAUUUAAUUUAAAAUAAAUAUUACUUAUCGAUACUACCAUUGAUUGUAUUUAUUAGAAUUGGAUUAAUACAUAAAUGUUAAAUAAGAACUUGUAUUCCAACUUAUAUGUAAUCAAAAUUUAAUCUUAAAAAUAUGGACUAUGUUGAGGUCAUUGUGAAGUAAAAUUUUUGCAUAAUAAAUUUUUAACGGUGCAUUUUAUUAGGUUCAGCUUAUGACAUUCAUCACGAAUUAGUUUUCUCAAUUAAUAUUUCAAAGACUUUCUAUGAUCUUAUUUUACAAAAUGCGUCAUAUCGAAUUCUGAGAGUUAUAAAUGCAUAAUGCAUUUAUUUUUCUAUCGGUGUAGUGAUAGAAGUUUGAGUGAAAUUUUUAUUUUUUUGUAUAUACAAUGUAUAAAAAGAUAAUAAUAGCGGUACUAUGUAAUAUUUGGGAUUCGGUAAGUGUGUAAGCCUAUAGGGCAAUAGAUAUAUAAUAUUUGCUGCAUUUUAAAGAUUUUAUAUCUAUAAACAAUGUAAACUACAAAACGUUAAUAUUAGUUGUUCUGCAUUACUGUAAGUCGCAUUGUUAAAUACUUUAUGAAUAAUUUAAAUAGUUUCUUAUCACUUGUUUAUUAGCAUUUGAAUGUAUUAUUGUAUACAAUAUCUGAAUUGUUAUAAAGCAUAAUAAAUUAUAUAUAAAAUAA